GGCACCCCCAGGCACUUUCCCCGCUGGAGAGGGGAAGAGAAGAGUGGCAGCAGGUUUCUUGGCUCAGAAACCUGCCCCAGGCUGCCAGGAGGGCUUGCUCCAGGGCAGAGAUCCUCAAGGUCCCUGCUCUCAAGGAGGGUUCGUCUCCAGAUGAACCCCCACCUCUCUCCCCAUGGCAGACAAGGCAGGGGAACCUCGUAUCCCGCUGGCCCUGCAGCGUUCCCGGCUGCAGGCUGAGGAGAAGACCCUGGAUUUUGAGUUUGAGGUGGUCAGUGCCCAGUUUAACCGGCAGGGUCGCUACGCCCUGCGGCUCACUGUAGAGAACCCGUUGCUGCAGGGCUCCAACGCUGGCAUCCGGCUCCGCAUCAACAAUGGGGAGGUCACCCAGAGCAGCGCUGGCACCACCGACACCAUCGAGCAGAGCGACCUCAACCAGAUCUACUCCUUCCAGCAAAAGAAAUUCACCUUUACCCUGCCCAGAGGUUUCUGCAAGAAUGACAAGAACCACGACGUACGGCUUCAUAUUGAGGCCUUGUACUUCCCUGGGAGGGCAGAGAGGAUGAGGAGGAGCAGGCAGGUGGGCGAAGCCUUCUUCGCCAUCUACCCUCGCACCAACCAGCCCCGGAUGAAACUCUCCGCCAGGAGGGACGAGGACUGGUACCGCUACAGUGCCAUGAUGGCUUUGCUGCGGGUGGGCAGUGAGCAGCCAGCGAUGCACUGCGGCCGUCUGGCCUUCACCGCAUCCCUACAUGAGCACCGGCCACCCACCACGCCGGCUUCACCCCCACCACCCUCCCCCAGCACCCGGGAAGAGGACCAGCAAGCAGCAGGCACAGCCCCAGCAUCCCCAGCCCUGGACAUCCCUGUCCCCAGCCGUUUGCUCCGUACACCCGAGUCUGCGUACCACUCGCUGCCCACCGAGGGCCAUGCCCGCUCCCCUGAGAGACUGCGGGCUGACCCUGCUCUCAGCUCCUCCCCGGAGCUCCCGGGUGACUCAGCAGAUGAGCAUCCUUCUUCCUCCUCCUCCUCUUCCUCGGUGCCUGCCCCAAGGCGACCGCUGAGCUGCAGCAGCUUCCACCUCUCCUUGCCAGGCUACAGCCCGGAUCUGGCCUCCUCGCCAGCGCAGGUAUCCAAGUCCCCCGCCGAGAUGGAGGAGCUCAGGCAUGAACCAGUGGCUGGUGAGGGACACGUGGCCCGUGUGGGGAAGGAAGCCAUCACCGUCACCAUCCAUAGCGCCAGCAACCUGCCAGCCACGCGUGAGGGCCAGGUGCCUUGGCCAUACGUUGUUGUCGAGACCAGCAGAGGGGACGAGCAGAAACCAGAGGCACAGGCCACCCACACAUCCUCGGCGCCCACCCACGCGCCCACCUGGGAGGAGGAGGUGACGGUGGAAAUGGAUGCUGAAGACGCAGGCUGGGCAGCCCUGACUCUCACCGUGGCAGACAAAGCUACCAAGGAGGCGCUGGGGACCUUUCAGCUGCCAGUGCGGCACCUCCAGCCCUUCCAGCCCCACCACUGCAGGCUGGUGCUGCCGAGGAUGCGGGACCCCGCGGGGAUGGUCCUGUGCGUCACCUUCGUCCGCAAAGGGAGCUCCAUCCCUCGCCGCGAUGGAUUCAGCUACGUGGCCUUGGAGGUGCUGCUGCAGGGGCUGUCAGCCCCCCUGGCCAACCCCCCUGGAGCCCUCGUCGCCGUGGCCAGAGUUGUGACCAACAUUCGGGAGUACAAGCACCGCAUGGAGAAGCAGCCCACCUCCUCUCCUGGCAUCAGCCCCACCACCAUCACAUUCCCGGACCCUCCGGCAGCAGCCUUCAGCAUCGCCCGAGCUGCCAACCACGGCUGCCCGCAGAUGUCCCGACCAGCCGGGCCCCCAGAGCAGCCAACCUGGGACACCUCCUUCCUAUUCCAAGGCCAAGACAUGGCCACCAUCUUCUCCGAAGACACCGCCCUGGUGAUCGAAUAUUAUCCAUACAAAGCCAUGUGGGAUGCUCCAGGCACCCUCAUUCCCAUGGGAUACUCGGUGCUGCCCGUCACCAGCAGUGUUUUCCGGGAGCUGGCAGCACGGAGCGAUGGGAUGCGUGUGGAUGGCCUCGCUGUGCAGGGCACGGACCUCAGAACCACGUCUGGGGCCAUCCCAACCGUGGGGCUCUGCCUGCAGCUCCUUCGAUCGGAGAGACCGGCGGCCUUCCUGACCCCGUCGGGCAGCGAUGCCCUUCCCAGCCUGGAUGUCACCACCACCGGCAUGACCGAGAGGGAAGAAGAGCAGCGGGCAGCCCCCCUGCACCCAUUUUAUCACCAGCUUCAUCGAGAGGAUGCGUCCCUCCCAGCGGCUGACGCUGUGGCCCGCAUCCUGCCCGGAAAACAGCCAUUCCCACGUGGGACGGGAACACUGUCAGAGGAGUGGAGGUCCCAGGAGUUCAUCGGGCGCCAGCAGGAGCCAGAGGUAGGCAGCUACCGCCUGGCGCUGAAGCGGAUGGCGGGGGACCUCCUGUCCCUGCGCCAGCGUGUCACCAGCCUAGAGGUGGAGAACGGGCACCUGCGGCACAGCCUGGCCUUGCAGGAGGAGCUGGGCCACACUCUGCUCGCCGACGUGGACCUGGAUGUCAUGACCCGGGAGGAGCUGCUGGAUAGGCUCAACACCCUCAAGCGCAAGCUUGCAGCCAGCACGGCGGAGAUGAGGAGGCUGAAGGACCGCGUCCAACAGCUGCAGAAUGAGCUGAUCCGGAAAAAUGACCGGGAGAAGGACCUGGUGCUGCUCCAGCGAGCCCACCAGCAGCAGCAAGCCACGCUGAGGAGGUGCCAGGAGAAGGUGGCCAAGACGAAGGGCUUGGAGGAGACAGUGCGGCAGCAAGAGAAGGUGAUCGAGGUAAUGGAGCGGGUGCUGCAGGAGAAGCUCUCCGGGACAGGCAGGAGCCCUGAGAAGCCGGCGGGCAAAGCCCACUCUGGGAAGGUGUAUGCUGCACUGCUGGAGGAGAACCACAGGCUGCGGGACGAGCUGGCGAGGCCCCACCACCCCUUGCCCCCCAUCACCCCACAGCCCCCAGCUUUGCCGGGUGUUUUUGGGGACGCGGAGAAACUGUCUCUGCUGGCCAAGCUGGAGGAGGCACAAGCACGUGGGAGGGUGCUGGAGAGGCAGCUGGAGGAGGCGGCGAGGAGGUGGGGACGGGAGAAGCAGGAUCUCGGCACUCGUCUGCUGGAGCGGGAGCACAGAUUCCCCCAUGCCCCCACCUCGAGCCUGCCGGCCAUCUCCAUGGCCCCCUCGAGAAGACUCCAGCCCCUGGCCCCCUUGCCCUAACCCCUCCCCAGCGAGAGAGACGAAGAAACCGAACGCUGCCAAAAAGGAGCUGGUGCUUUUUCGCAUGACGAAACAACAGGAGUAAAUUGGAGGCGAAGCAAAAUGUUGGAGGGUGUCGGGGGAGU